AUGGAUAGCCAAUCUAACUCAACGUCCAAAAUUUGUCCUCUCUCUGAACCUGAGUAUAGAAGAUCUUUUUGUUCAGAGGAUGAGGCUGACAUAACUCCGAUGAUUCCCAAAAUAGCAAAACCUUCUAAAUUUUCCAAGGGGACACUCUUCCCUUCCAAACUGACGAUUCUGAUAACACUCCAAAAUAAAUACAUACUCCCACAUCUCCAAAAGGGCAAAACAAGUUGUCCAAGUUCAAAUAGAAGGAUCAUCACAUUGAGAAGGAUUCCGACAUACAAUUUGAUUCUGAGGAGGAGAAAAGAAAAGAAGAAACGAAUAAUUUCAUAACCGACAGCAAGACGUCUCAAGAUAAUGAUGGGAUGGGAAUACAAUUCUAAUAAAAAUAUUCAACACCAAAAUUAGAGUAUUUACAUCCACCGAUUUCCAAAUCCAAUUCCUCAAAACAAGUUGUUUCAAGCAAAAACUUUAGUAUCAAAGAUCACCCCUUCAAACAUCUUGUAUAUGGAAGACAUGUGA